UUUUUUUUUUUUGGCACGUUGAGUUGGUAUUAUAAGCCUACCAAAAAAUUGUUCUUCUUCCUCCGCAUUCAGCAGAUACUGCUGACGCCACUUUCGUCCAUUUCAAUUCCAUAGUCCUCUCUCUCUCUCUCUCUCUCUCGUCAGUCACCCGUUCUCCAUGGCAGCUCUUGCCACUCCCGUACCAUGCUUCGUCUCUUGAACUCCUCUCAAAUUCUCCAUUUCUUCAUAGCAUGAAUCCCUAACCUUCGCAUGGAUUCUCAGUCUACAAUUCCCAUUUAACCGAUUCUUGCUGUAUCGAUUUUGUGAAGCCUAGGUUUUUCACGUUCUCGGAUCUGGAGCUCACCAUUGCUCUUGAGGCCUCUCGCAUAAGUCUCCGGUUUCAAUCUCCAGUUAUUACGAGAAUGAUGCAAGAACCCUCGCAUAUUUGACAUUGUACCCUGGUGCCGACACGGCGCGUUGCUUCGGGGUUACGACCUAGCCCACCCUCGCCCACUUUUCACUACACCCGGAUAGUCCAAGUGCAACACGUCGCUCGUAGGGGACGCCCCAGCAAAUAUUCGGUGAAUGAUUUGGAGGGAUUAAUGGGCUUGUCAUCCGUUAGCACUGUUAGUGAAGACAUUCAACUCUGCAUAUUUGACCUGCAAAGGGGCCAGCAUGAAGGGCAGGAGCUGGACAAGAUUUUGUUCUUCUUUCCUGCUGAUUUGCCCUUUCCAACGCAACUCUCUGUCAUAGGUCUUAGUGAAGGUCUUAUCACAUUUACAAGGAUUUUCUCUCCAGAAGCUGCUUGUGAGGUCAUUGAAGCAGAGAGGCACACUCAUGCUUUUUAUCAGGCAGAACCAGAUAUCUGGAUGGUGAUGGUAGUGGAGAAAAGUAAGGGGUCGGAAGCCAUUUGGAGGAUUGAUGCAUUACAAAGAGUUCUUAAGGAAGUACACUCUCUUUUUGUUAUGUUUCAUGGAUCUAUAAGAGGGUUGCUUGAGAAGGAUCCUGGCGGAGGACUUGUUCGUUCCCAUUUGUAUUCCUUCGUCAUGGAUUAUCUUAGUGCAUAUCAAAAGCGGUCUCCAUGGGAUUUGUGCUGCUGGGAUUUUUUUGUCGGGAAGAAACUGCAAUUACCAUCCUUCCGGGACAGUUUAAAGGAGCGUGGAACUGUACAGAUGCUGACUGUGGGGCGUGAGGCUGCUAUUGAAGUUCAGUCACUUGUCAGAGUAUUGGAAUCAUGUGCUGGGAAUACACUAUGUCACUCUCUAGUUUUGUUUCAAGACCUGCUCGUGUCAACAUCACUUUCUCCUGUUGACACCAUAAACUUAUUUACAUAUGCUGUUUUGAGGUUGUCUCCACACGCUUUAUCCCCCGGAGUGAGCUCCUGGUCCUAUUUACGUAGAGGAAAUUCAGCUUCUCAUGUUGCUGCGAUAUCUGUCUCGGCAAACCCUGGUUCUGUUGCAGAGCAAUUUUAUGGUUCACGUGAUACGUCUCCUGAUGGAGGUCAGAAUUAUUGUAUUGCAAGGCCCCUGGUGCAUAACAAGUGGUCCAAAGGGAAGGAUGGUUUUCUUGUCACUGAUAUUUGGGGUGCUGAGGUUGGUAGCUCGAUUAAUGCCACCCCAACAGUUUGGCUUCAGCAGAUGGAGGAAAGAAUGUAUCUCUGUGCUUAUCAGCAUAAAAACCUUACCUUAAUCCUUCUCAUUCCUGUAACCUCUGUUCUAAAUGGGGAGCAAGGAGUCUCUAUGGUGAAGCAGCAAAUCCUUGAAAAUGCAUUCCUCAAGAUAUUAAAAGUGGAAGAGAAACUAUCGAAAGGAUGGGGUGGUGAGAAUGCUUAUCAUGUUAGUGGGUAUCGUUAUUUACUAGUGGAUAGGGACAGAAAUGUAUCUAGGGCUUCUCCAUCAGCAAAGGUUACAACCCUAACAAAGCAGGAAUCUUUGAUUGCCCUAAACAACCUUAGAGAAGGGGUUGAUUUGGAAAAGAGCAGAGCAAUGUGGGAUGACCCUGGUCAUGAGAAAGAUUUGGAAGUGUGUGUUAGAGCAAGAAACAAUGCUUGGAUUAUUGCUCAGAUUACAAGAGGGAAAGAGCUCUAUAUGGUUCUUGAGAAAGCCAAUGAAACACUUCUUUAUGCAUCUGAUGCCAUUAAGAAGUUCAGCAAUAGGUAUUGCGGUGGAGCUUUUUCUUUGGAUUAGGAAAGAUGUUCUGGUACAUUUUCACAGAAUUGAAUAGUUAUAAUUGUAGUUAAUGAAGGAUUAGCAAACAUCGUCCCGGUAUUCAUUAAAGAUGGGGUCAUUUUUCACUGUAAAUUUUUGCAACAGUAAAGCAAAGAGAUAAGAGGAAUAAAAGAAUCAGCUGUAUGUAAUGGCUGGUCUGUAUUGUAAAAAAUAAUUAUUUGGCUUAUGUAUAGCUGCUAUUUGAGCUUUGCUGUGUAAUUCUAUGCAAGAACUUCUGCUUCUGCGGUGUAGGACUUUGUCCUAGUGGUUCAUAUGUUAAAGGCAAAGCCUAUAAAGGAUGGAAAAUUGCAUGGUAGAGACAUGUCGGUUAAAAAUAUAUAUUAUUUGCAAGAAAUAUUAAGUUUUUAA